CAUAAAAUAUCAAAUUUUUUUUUUUUUCACUUGAUUAAAGUAAAAGAAGUAUUGACAAAAGACCUGACGGUAGUCUCGUCACUACGUUGCGGAUGAACGUUUACUUUGUUCCUCUCGGCUUCACGAAACCACCUUCUCUAUUUACACGCGUCACUCUCUCUGCUCAGACUCCUCUAGCCAUGGCCACAGUAAACAAAACAGUUCGUGUCGCAGCAGCUCAGAUGACAUCAGUGAAUGAUCUCAUGGCCAAUUUCGCCACUUGCUCUCGACUCGUUCAAGAGGCAGCAUUGGCCGGUGCGAAGCUGAUUUGCUUCCCUGAGAACUUCUCCUUUGUGGGAGAUAAACAAGGGGAAAGUGUGAAAAUCGCUGAACCAUUAGAUGGGCCAGUGAUUCAACGGUAUUGCUCUCUAGCCAGGGAUUCUAAUAUAUGGUUGUCUCUUGGAGGCUUUCAAGAGAGAUUUGAUGAUACCCAUUUGUGUAAUACACAUGUUGUGAUCGAUGAUGCUGGGAUCAUCCGGGAUACUUAUCAGAAAAUGCAUUUGUUUGAUGUUGAUGUUCCUGGUGGAAGCUCGUACAAGGAAAGCAGCUUUACGGUUCCAGGGACAAAGAUUGUUUCCCUAGACAGCCCUAUUGGGCGCUUAGGCCUUACUGUAUGCUACGAUUUGAGGUUUCCUAAGAUUUAUCAGCAACUGAGAUUCGAUCACAGAGCUCAGGUUUUACUAGUACCAUCAGCUUUCACCAAGGUCACUGGUGAGGCACACUGGGAGAUUCUUCUUCGAGCCCGGGCAAUUGAAACACAAUGUUAUGUCAUAGCUGCUGCUCAAGCUGGAAAGCAUAAUGAGAAAAGAGAAAGUUAUGGGGACACACUGAUCAUUGAUCCGUGGGGAACUGUAAUUGGAAGAUUACCCGAUCGUAUUUCAACUGGCAUUGUCGUGGCAGAUAUAGAUUUUGCACUUAUUGACUCAGUGAGAACAAACAUGCCUAUUGAUAAGCAACGGGUCUCAAUAGAUCUCUGAUGAAUUCAUUGGUGUUGUGAAAUUUGGAGUUGUGAUUUUCUUGGGUAAGUUGUAAAUGAAUUAAUUUGAAACAAGAUACUAAGUCUCAAUAAUAAGCUAAGCUAAGAAAAUAAGAACACAAUAUUCCAAUAGAUAAAUGAACCUUGUCCUCACACAUCAUGGUUAAGUCGUAAGAUGUUUUCACCCAUCACGGUUGUAUCUGAACCCACACGUUUUAUCAAUAAGGAGACAAUGAAAACAGGAUG